CCUUUGAGGUAAUGAAUUGAUUUUUGUGUUAAAGUGAUUGGGUUCUGCAGGUAGACAAUAAGUGAGAAUCAGGAACCAACUUAUGAGCCAGAGGGGAGGCUUUUGAAAGACUGUGUGAUCUUGGAGGAGGGAAAUGGGUAUUUAAAUAGGCUCACAGAUGCCUAUAUAAACCCCCACCUAGGAAUUUUAAGUACAACCAGUGUCACUAUAGGCUUGGUAUAGGAGGAAUACAGUCGUCAAUUAACUUUUGUUUUAUCCUCCUAAAAUUUUCUAAACACCGUUUACUAUUUACCAAAAAUAGAGGCGCAAACGUGGAUUUCUGCCACUUUUGAGGAAAGUAAUUAAAAUGCUAAGUGGAAUUAAACUAGAAGGACAGGACACCACCGACUGGAGCAACUAUUAUCAAGAUAAUGAGAUUUAUUCAAAUAUGAAUGGCAUACCUUCAGGAAUGGCAUCAAGCAACUUCAUGUCAAAUUCAGUAUCAACAGGAUCAAUGACCAUGGCUUACAUGAACUCUGGAUUAGGAUCUACAAUCACAGGGCUACAGGCUACUGGAGGGUCUAUGAAUACAGUGUCUUCUGGCCUUCCAGGUAUGGGAAACCCUUUUACUCAAAAUAUGGGUCAGGUUGGAACACAUCCAACUUCCAUAAAUGGCAUCACUCCUUAUUCUUCUAUGACCUCACCAGUGUAUGGACAGUGCAGUUAUGACCUUCCUAGAGACUCAAAGAAUUAUAGACGCAAUUAUACUCAUGCAAAACCUCCGUAUUCUUAUAUAUCACUUAUCACAAUGGCCAUUCAACAGUCACAAAGCAAGAUGCUAACACUGAAUGAGAUCUAUCAGUGGAUCACUGACUUAUUUCCAUAUUAUCGUCAAAAUCAGCAGCGCUGGCAAAAUUCUAUCCGACACUCACUUUCUUUUAAUGACUGUUUUGUGAAAGUGCCUCGUUCUCCAGACAAGCCUGGAAAGGGUUCUUACUGGGCUCUUCAUCCAGAAUCUGGAAACAUGUUUGAAAAUGGUUGCUAUUUGCGGAGACAGAAACGUUUCAAGGUUGAAAAAAAGUCAAGUACCAAGUCAUCUCAUGAGCAACAUAACAAUUCAGAAGAAGGAACUUCAAAGAGUAACAGCUCUCCAAACCAAAACGGUGAUGCUGACUCUCCCCUACACUCUCCUCAAUCAGUUUCCAGUCCAGAGCAAGGAAGAUCUCAUCUUUCCAAAACAAAUUCAACUUCUCCUAGUAUAAGUCCAGAAUCUGACAACAGAAUUUCUCCAGUUCAUCAGUCUCUAAGCCAACUGUCCUCAAACAAUACUCUUCUUUCUCAUUUGAUCUCAGAUUUCAGACCAGAUCAGUUCGCCUUAAGUCAUCCAUUCUCUAUUACAAACCUCAUGUCCUCUGAACAACAAUAUCAGAAAAUGGAUUUUAGGUCUUAUGAACAGAUGAUGCAAUAUCCAGGUUAUAGUACAUCUAUGUCGAAUGAUUUAAAUCCCAUGUCUAGCAAGCCUGGACUUGAUAUGUCUUCCUUUACAACAGAUGGUUCAUACUACACAAACAUGUAUACCAGACCUAUCCUAAGUUCUUUGUGAUAAAGGCAUGCCUGCAUCAAAGCACAUGUACAUAUAUUAUUUUAUAUUUGAAAUGUAAGGUAAUGAUAUGCUCAUCUCCGUGUGUUUUCUUUUUUAAGAAUGAGAACUGUUUACUGGUAUGGAAUUAUUUCUGUUUGGGGAAAAAACAAACAAUCGGAAGACUUUAGACUGAUGAACUAAUAUGUCUGGACCACAAAUCAUUAUAAACACUGACCCCCAUUGUCAAGUUAAAAUGAACUGUUUAUACCACUGUGCCAAAUAUUUUGCCUAUUGUGUUACACACUAAUACAUUCUUCAUGAAUAUUAAUUAAACUCAGGGCUAUAAAGUACAUUUUUUACACUGAAUAUCUGUGUCAGUAAGCCUGCCAUCAAGAAGAUUUUUCAUAGUAGGAUGAACAAACCAUAAUAUUUUGGUGCUCUGGUUGGAUGACUAUAGACAUAUAUAUUUUUAAUAAUCUGUAAGUUUAUAGAAAAAUGCAACAAAAAUAAAAUGUAGUUUCUUUUUUUAUUUUAAAAUAAUUUAAUGUCUGUGACUGGCAGAAUAGUUUUUGUGUUGUUAUUUAUGUAACUGUGCAAUGCUGCCUUACAUUCCGAUGAAUUAUGUUUCCUAAACUUUGACUCUAGAUUAAUACAUUUUAAUCAGGGUUUGCUUUGCACUUUUGGAAUGAUUCUUUAUAGCAGCAUACCUACAAUGUUUACAGCUAUGACCUGUUUAACUACACUAUAAUUUAUUGAGAUUUCCAUUAAUAAAAUACAGGCACAUUUUUUUCUGUUUUAAUUACUUUUAUAAAAUAAAUAAACACAUUGCAGACUGCCUGAGUACCAUCUUUUUAUACUAUUAAAAUCUACCAAGAUGAAAUAUAAAUAUUCUAAUAAGUAACAGUAUGGGUGGAAAUCCUUGGACCAAACUAGGGGCAUAUAAAAACAAGAGGUUGUAUGGUGUUUCUCAAACCUGAGCAAGUAACGGAAAAUAUUCUGAAGUUUGUCAUGUAAUGGUUCUCUUCUAAGUAUCAAUGUUAUAAAGCUAUGUCAGUUUCAUUGUGCUAUGGGCACUUGUUAAUUCUGCAUCAUCUACUUUUUCAGUGUUACUUGAUUUAGAUAGCAUAAUUUAUUUCAUGUUUGCAUAAAUAAGCAUCUUAAAAUGUUUACUUAUUUAAUCUGCUUAAUUUCACUUGGUGUUUAAAAAAUAAAUCUGGCAGAUGAACAUUUCAGUUUAGUGAGUCAAGCCUAUAAUCUGUGCUAGAAACAGUGUAUGCUCAUGUUUCUAUGAACUUCCAGACAUUUAAAUGCAUUUUUUUCAGUCCUACUCUACUGCAGUAUUUCAAAUGUAAAUACGUUCAUAGCCAGUUAAGAAAAACAAAGUAAGGACUAACAUAAAUGCUGUGACUGCUUUAAAAUUAUAUAAUUCUCAAACUUCAGGAAAAUGCUGAAUAGAAUUAAAAGGAAAGAUGAUAAUUCAGGUGAUAAUUUUGAUUACUGUGAUUAUUGUUUCUGUAUUAAUAAAGUAACCCGUUACUUUA